AAUGAAAGUUUUGGUGGCUGUCAAAAGAGUAGUAGAUUCAGGAAUUAAAGUUAGAGUAAAACCUGAUGGUAUAGAUCUUCAAGGUGUUAAGAUGACAAUAAAUCCCUUCUGUGAAAUAGCAGUUGAAGAAGCUGUGAGAUUGAAAGAAAAGAAAUUGAUAGCUGAAAUUGUUGCUAUAACUAUUGGACCUAAAUAAGGAGCAGAAAGUUUAAGACAUGCUCUAGCUUUGGGUGCUGAUAAAGCUAUUCAUGUCACAACUGAUGCAAGAAUUGAUUAAGCAGUAUAACCAUUAGAUAUUGCUAAUAUCUUAGCUAAAAUAGUAGAAAGAGAUAAGUAAAUCACUUAUUAAUUAUAGUUAUAAUCUUGUUUUAAUGGGUAAAUAAUCUAUUGAUGAUGAUUUUAAUUAAACUGGAUAAAUGUUAGCUGGAUUAUUGGAUUGGCCAUAAGCAACAUUUGCUUCAAAUAUAUAAAUUUCAGAUGGAAUUGCUUAGGUUAUUAGAGAAAUUGAUGGAGGACUAUAGACUGUUAAAUUUAAAUUGCCAGGAGUAAUCACAUGUGAUUUAAGACUUAAUUAACCAAGAUUUGCUAGUGUUCCAAAUAUUAUGAAAGUAAAAUAAAUAAUUUAAAUAUUUCAAUUAAGGCAAAAUCAAAACCAUUAGAAACUAUUCCACUUGAAAAAUUAGGGAAAUUACAUAAUUCCAUUUAAAUUACAAAAACUGAAGCUCCUGCUAUUAGAAAAGGAGGAGCUAUUGUAGAAAAUGUAGAUGUGCUCCUAUAGAAAUUAAGAAAUGAAGCCAAAUUAUUUUGAUAUUGU